AUGCUGGGGUUAAAACUGUUGAGGUCACGACUUCCAAUCAGAUGUCUGAAGUAUUAUUCAUCAGCAGCUGAAGCAGCAGCCGGAAUUUCACUAAAUCAAGGAGCUUCCUCCUCUUUGCCCAGUGAUGAACGCAUUAUCUCUCCAAAAGUGUCCUCAUUAGUCGACCAGAUUGCUAACCUCACCGUCCUUGAAGUAUCCGACCUUAACUAUGCUUUAAAGAAGAAGUUGAACAUUGCAGAUCAGCCUAUUUUUGCAGCUCCAGUUGCGGCUUCAUCAGUUGCCGGUAUGUUUUGUGUUUUUGUUUGCUUUUUAGGAUCUUUCACUUUUCGCCUAACAUAAUUGAUCGUUUAGGCAACGCGCCAGUCGAAGAAGAGGAAAGUCAACCAGCUCAGAAGUCUGUUUUUGCUGUAAAACUGGUUAAAUUCGACGACUCGAAGAAGAUCGCUUUGAUUAAGGAAAUCCGAAACGCCAUUGAAGGGCUCAACUUGGUACAGGCGAAGAAGUUCGUCGAGACGGCACCAGUCGAAGUGAAGGGAGAUCUGGGCAAGAACGAGGCCGAAGCACUUAAAACAGCGUUGGAGAAAGUCGGAGCUUCUUGUGAAAUUGUUUAA